AUGUUUUCUCUAAGCAUGAGUGUUAUAUGCAAUAUAAAGCAGCCUAGUGGUAUAGUAAAACCUACUAAUGUUAAGCAAAAAGCAGCAGUUAGUGUUAUAAACUUCUUUAUAGAGAACAAAACGAAUCCAGAUAUAAGAGAAGGAGGCAAAUAUGCAGAGCCAAGAACACAUGAAGACUUUAAAACUGGUAAGUUUUUAAAGAAUGCAAGGUGGUUAAUACAGUAUUAUAUAUUUGAGUACUUGGACAGUGAGAGUAGUAUAAUUGAGUUAGCAAAGGUGGUGUAUUCUAUGCUUAAGGACAGUAUAAAACAAAAAGAGAAGGAGAAACUAAAUGUAGAAGUAGAAUAUCUGAAAAGUAUUAUUGAUAAGUGCUUUGUGAAGUCUAAUGAUAAUAUAACUAAUGAUAAUGGAAUACAUGUAUUGAAUGCGGUGUAUGGCAAUGCAAUUUUAGAUAAUGCAUUUCCAUUUUCUGGCAGCAUAGAUAUACCAGGCUAUAGAGCCAUCCUAUCAUACAAUAGAAAAAAAGACUCCUUUAAUGUUGGCAAAGGAUACAGCAAUUGUGUUGAGGCGGGAUUACUAGGCCUGUUUUGUUGCUUAGCAUAUGAUGCAGAGACUAAAGAAUACACGACUGAACACAUGGGAGAAGUAUCGCCAGACUUGAAGAGAUUCUUUACUAUAUAUAAUAAACCAUUUGAGACUGAUACUUAUGAUAUUCAUAAGGAAUGGAAUAAAGUAGUGGCUGAUCUAGAGAAUGAGAAUAUUAAAUAUCUGAAAGAAGAUAGGAAUGAGCUUGUAUCAGGUAUAAUAAAUAUGCUAUAUGUUAUUACUGAAAUAACAGGGAGAUAUUCUAAAGAAGAAGAAUCUCUUAAAGAAUUCUGCGCUCGCCUAGAAAUGUAUGAAAAUCAAAGUAAGCUAUUCAAUGAUAUAAAAUCAUAUAUAAGCGAGUUAUUUAUAUCACUUUCUACGAAAUACAGCCUGGAUAAAGAUUCGAAGAUAGUGAAAAGAACAAUAAAAAUAGACACUUCAAAUAUGUCUAUAAAAGAAAGUAUUAUUAAACACCCUGAUAUAUUUGGAAGCAUAAAUAUAACAUACAGUGUUUCUGAGUUUGAAGGAGGAAUAACGAUAGAAAAUUCAAACAUUCAUUUAUCUAUUAAAACCUUCUAUAAUGAAAACAGCUUGAAUUUAAUUAACCUAAACCAGACAUAUAUAAAUAAUACAUCUUUAUGUACUGAAGGAGAGAAAAACAAUACUUUAACGGAUUAUCUGAUUGUACGUUGUAUAAAACACCCACAGGACAAUAAAAUACUCGAAAGACGCUUCAAAAAAUUGCAUCCAGAAAAUAUAAAUAUAUCAGAAGAAAAUAAUUAUUUAUAUCCAAUAGAGAAGCUUUUCUUGUACAAUAAAUUUAAAAAAGCGGGGAAUACAGCAUUUAUGGUCCAUUAUAUUAGAGAAUGUCUCAUAGGACAUCCAUUUGAAGAAAAUAGUCCUUGGGCACGACUUAUUUCUAAUCUAUUAGGAAGCCUUCCGUUAAAUGACUAUAAUAUAAUAUUUAAUAUUCUUUUCAGUCCAUUGUAUAAAGGGGGGCUAUACAAAAAUUGUUUUCAAAAAAUAACCGCUCCCAGUGAGAUAGAUAAUGUUUAUUAUAAGUAUAUAAUUAUGUAUGGCAUUCAUUAUCAUUUAAUAUACUGUAACUCUCUUAAAAGAAUCCUACAAAUUUUAAAGGCAUACAUAAGCAUGGGUGAUGAAAUAGGAAAUUAUUUAUUGUUUUUACAGGCAAAUCUUUUGGAAAAGAAUCAAAUAAGAUUACUCUCUUUAUUGACAUGCGGUGGUGAAAAUAUAACUUAUCUAUUAGAAAUUGCAGAAUUUAUAGAUAAUUUGGAUAGAAAUGAUCCUAGAUAUACAAAUACUUUAACAUCUAAUGAUAUGUGGGCUCUUUGGUUUAGAAUGGCUUUUAAUUCGGAUAUAUUCAUUUCAAUCAUAAAAUCAAUCUUUGAUAAAAUUAAUAGUGAAGAAGAAAACAUACAUAUUGAGUUUAUAAAGCGAUUUAAUUUUUCGGAUUUAAGGGAUAGUAAAAAAAUAGCAAAUUUUCUGAGAGAUCUUAUAAAUAAGUCACCGGAAACCCGAGAAAAGUUUUAUUAUGCUGUGCUAUGA